UGCCCUGGGAGUCUGACCUGCGGUCGGCUAAGGGGGGCUGCGUGGGAGGGGCCUGUUAUGUGUGUGUGCUUCCCGAACGAAGAUCGUGUUUAUCAGAAAUGGUGGAGCUCGGAAAAGGAAAACUGCUCAGGACUGGACUGAAUGCGCUCCAUCAAGCCAUUCACCCCACUCACGGCCUUGCCUGGACUGAUGGGAAUCAGGUGGUCCUGACUGACUGCUGCCUUCACAGUGGGGAGGUCAAGGUCGGGGGCUCCAAAGUCAUUGGACGAUUUGAGCAUGUCUGUGGGCUGUGCUGGGCCCCGUGUGGUGCAGCUGAUGCACCCAGUCUGCUGGCUGUCCAGCACAAAAAGCACGUCUCUGUGUGGCAGCUGGGGCCCAGCACAACAGAGAAGAGCAAGGGGCUGAUGUCUCAGACGUGUGAGAUUAGAGAGUCACUGCCCGUUCUGCCCCAGGGCUGUGUGUGGCACCCGAACGGCGCUGUCCUGACGGUGUUGACUGCACGGGAUGUCUCCGUGUUCCCUAACGUUCAGUGGGACAGUUCCCGGGUGAGUGUGAACAUCAGCACCCCGGGCCGCAUUCACUGUGCUUGUUGGACCCAGGAUGGCCAGAGGCUGGUGGUGGCAGUGGGCAGCUGCCUGCAUUCUUUUAUCUGGGACAGUGCCCGGAAGACUCUGCACAGGUGUUCCUUGUCCCCAGUAUUUGACGUGGACAGCUCAGUCCGCUGCAUCACAGCCACUGUGGAUUCACAGGUUGCAGUAGCCACUGAGCUUCCGCUAGAUAAGAUUUGCAGCUUAAAUGCAUCUGAAACCUUUGAGGCCCCACUUAGUGGUGCAAACCCUGGCCUGGAUACUUUUCUAGUUGCUGAUGACGUACCCUCUGUGGAUAAGGGGGCACUUGCUUCUGAAACCGAUUCUGAAACAUCACCAGUGUCCCCCUCCACAGAUCUGCUAGAUCUCACUCAUAUUUCUUUCAGUAGACCCAGGUCUGAGGGGAGUUCUCUGAUUUGUCUCAGAAAAAAGGCCUCCUGGACAGGAACCGGCCAGGAUUCUUCACAUAUGGCCCUCGUGGCCUUCGAGAAGACAGUUACCUUGACGGGAAGGGUCCGCGUUCCGGGCAUUCUGGUUCCUGAUCUGAUAGCAUGCCAUCCCAAAGCACAGGUGGUGGCAGUGGCUUCCAAUACUGGGAACACAGUUUUGGUCUAUUCUGUCAUGUCCUCUUCAAUGCGGAACGUUCAGCACAUUCAGUUGGAGAGCAGCGAAAGACCAAAAGGCCUGUGCUUCUUGACAGACAGGUUGUUACUGAUUUUGGUAGGAAAGCCGAGCUGCACCGAUGUGGCCUUCUUGCCUUCUUCGGAGUCUGCGCAGUACGCCAUUCACUUGACUGUGAGGGAAGUCACGGUGGGAGAGCCGUCUUCAGCGACGUCGACUGAAAGCCGGAGCGCCUGUUCUACCUUCAGCGCUCUGUUAGAGAAAGCAGAUAGGAAACUGGUCAUUGAAAGUCCUUCCCCAAAUGUUUGUCCCCAGCGUGGAGGGCUCUUGUUAACAGGGAAUACCAGCAGUCGGAGUGGAGGGCCUCGAAAAGCCCUUAUUAAAGAAAUCAGAAGCCCUCUGUCCAGUACUGGGGAUGGCUCUGUAGCCCUGGAAAUGCUCCAUAGGCCUGCCUGGGCCUGGGCGACAGAGCCGCGACCCAGCAGAGCCCCAGACGGCACCAGCACGCCGGAAACUCCUGAAGUGCCUUCAAAAAAGAACUUGGAACGGGAAAAGGGGACUGAGCAGCUGUGUAAGGAAUUGGAAUCACUGUCCAGGAAGCUGACGGAAAUGCAGCGCAGUCUUUCUGAGCUCACAGACUUUGUCCAGAACGGGAAGAAGCCCUCGGCUGUGUACCCUCGCUCCCAGGAGCCCCCAUAUGUUCACGUGCUUUACCAGAAACCUUGCAGUGUAGAUCCUGUUGAAAAGAGGGCGGUGCUACUCUGCGAUGGCAAACUGCGGCUCAGCGCGCUUCGGCAGAUGUUUGGCCUCUCUCUCAUUGAAAUGCUGCAUGACUCCCACUGGAUUCUCCUCACUGCUGACAGCGAGGGCUUCAUCCCGUUGGCCUUCACUGCCACCCAGGAGAUAAUCAUAAGGGAUGGCUUCCUGUCCAGGGCGGAUGCCUUCAGGGACUCGGAGCCCGCUCUUGCUGGAGUCCUUAGAGACCUGACUGCCCGGAGCCCACAUUCCACGGGGCUGUUGUAACCGUCUGCACGGAGUGGCCGAGUGCUUGCUGCUGUGUGGCCUUUCCGACGAGACCCUCGCGGACGGGCUCUGUUCUCCCGCUGGACUCCGCCUGUGGCUGGAGCUAGCUGUCACUUAGGUGAGGCGCUCGCCGCGCUUGGCUGUGCCACUCUCCUCCUUGUUCCCCGGCUGAGUCGCGGAGCUCAGGGUGUAAGAGGCCUCAGAGAGGGUGUUGUGCUCCUCUGUGCGGUUUUGUCUGGAAGCAGAAUUCCCAGAAUAUGCCAGUAUUACGGUGCCUAAUGGGUUGUGCUUUAGGUUUCUCUGGGGCUUUGGGUCCUGCCCAGAGCUGCGGAGAGGCUGUCUUAGGAGCACUUAGGAGAGCCCUCAGCAUCAUUCAGAAGCUUCCUCUGGGCUUAAAAGGGGUAAGGAGUGCUCAGGCUGCACCCCCCAGGGUUUAAGCCCAACCCUCUCGCUUCCCUAGGAAGCUCUAGGCACUCUGAAAACUGGCUCUGGGCAAAUUGGGAAUGACGUCUCAAGUGCCCUGCCCCUCUGGCUCCUUGUUAGCUUGUGCUGUGCUCCCGGAGUGGCGCCAGGCGCAGGCGAGGCCUGACCUGGGGUUUUUGUGCUGUUGCCCUAUGGGGCUUCCUCCCUGGGAUACUUUUUUCGUUUGUUUUCUCAAUUUGGGGAUCAUAAAAAUUUCCUGUUUUUCUCCCAGGAGGCAGCUCCCGUAGUUAACUUGAAUUCUGAGGUUUUUUUUUCUCGUUCCUCCUUUUGAGUCUCAGAAAUCAGCAGUCUGUGGAAGAAAGCAUUUCAGGAAGUUGGAAACUUCGCUGAAUCAGAGUGCCAGCUUACUGUGCCUGUGGGCUAGUGUGCAGCUUCGCAGAGGAGCCCCGUGCCCUUCAGGUGGACACAGCCCUUCUCGGGGCCCUCGGGUUGAGCGGCGCAUGGCCAGGCAGAGGGCGUCUGCGCGGUGAAUUGGCUCAGCCACAGAAGCUCCAUUAGCACAGAGCUUCCCUCCUUGCUCUAAAAUUACCUGGGGGGAGAACAGUUUGUGCCCUUGGGGACGCCUGCCUGUCUGUGUGGUUUAUGGAGAUGCAGCUGGGCCCGGAGAGAAGGGAGGUCCCGGUCUGUGGUUCAGAUGCAUUAGACAGCUGCUGGGCGGCAGUCAGCUGCCUGCGAGCGGUGGCUGAGCGCCGUCCGAGGCCUGGCUCCAUUUGCAAAGGCAGUGUCUGGGGUGGGCUGCGGUCAUGAUUACUGCAGCGCCUAAGGAGGGGGCUCAGGGGCUCGAGUAGGAUCAGUGUGGGUGCCUUGAGGUGUAUGUCAUGGCUACCGUUUCUCAGGUCAAAAUCCCAAUAAUGAAUCUUCAAUUAAAUCACAAAUGGCUGUUGUGGCUGGUUUUUUUGUUUUGUUUUGUUUAAAGAAAGAUUUGAUUUAUUUAUUCAAAAGGCAGAGUUAGAUAGAGAGGGAGAGCCAUAGAUAUCUGCCAUCCACUGGUUCACUCCCACAAUGGCCACGACUGCUAGGGCAGGAGCCAGGAACUUCAUCCGGGCCUCUCACAUGGGUGCAGGGCCCCAAGGACUUGAACCAUGUUCUCUUGCUUUCCCAGAAACUGGGUCAGAAGUGGAGCAGCCAGGACUGAAACUGGCACGCAUUUGGGAUGCCGGUGUUGCAGCACGGCUCGGCCUGUUAUGCCACAGUGCUGGCCCCUGUCGUGGGUGUUUUGAAUGCUUUCAUGGUGUUUCCUUUGUGUGUAUCGCUGGUAUAAAGACAAGGGUUUGUUUUUUAUUUUUGUUUUAUUUUCAUCUACUUUAAAGGAAGAGAAAGAGACAGAGAUAGAGAGAUCUCCCAUCUGCUGUUUACUCUCCAAACACCACAGUAGCCAGGGCUGGACCAGGCUGAAGCCAGGGGCCCAGCACUCCGUCUGCAUCUCCCCCGUGGGGAGCAGGACCCACGGUGCCUGAGCUGUCAUCUGCUGCGCCCAGGAUGGAGUGACAAGUAGCUGGAUGGGAAGCAGAAUGGCUGGGGCUUGGAAGGCAGCUGUGCUCACUACUCUACCACCAGCGCGGGAGCUGGGUCCUGAACUGCGCUACAGCGUAGGAUGUGGGUGUCCCAAGAGGCAGCUUAAUCCUCGCACCACAACGCCUGCCCCUAAAGAAGUGGUUUUGAUUUUACAUACCUGGAUGUUAUCUUUGUGUUUCUCCUGAUCAACAGUCCAGGAUAGAAAUUGUUGCUUCCAACAAAUCUGGUUCCAUGACAAGUUGCAAACAGAAGAUCUUUCCUUGUUCUCUGUUGCUGUCAUAGCCACUGGAGCAAUCCCGUUUUGCUGGCUUUGGAGAAAAGAGCUAAUGUUCUUUACAUUUUUGUCUAAUGUUACAUUGGAAGUAUUUUUAUAUAAAGAAAGAUAUUAUUUAUAAAUGCCCUUUUGUGCCCAAGUUUUUGUCAACUUUGCGUAUUAUUUGUUACAUGCAAUAUACACCUGUGAGGUACAGGAAGGCUUAAUAGAAUGAGCCAAAGGCCGCCUCACUUAGGAACCAGAAGGUCCCCAGAAACCUUUCAGGCUCCCUGGGUGUCACCCUCCUCAAACCUGUACCCGUGGCUUCUCCCCCGAGGCGACUGAUGCCUUGAUUGUUGUUACUAUUUUCUCAUUCCUUCUUUUUCUUUGUGAAGAGGCCUUUUACCACCGUAAUACAGUAUGUGUGUGUGUACAUACGUAUUCCGUGUGGCUUGCCUGCAUUCACUCAGUGCUGUGUCUGACAUUCACUCUUGAUGUUUGUGUGUUGUUACUUCGUGUGUGUGUUUUACUGGGAGGCAGAGGCAGAGCUCCCAUUUGGUGGUUCACAGCUGGGCUGGGCCAGUCCACAGCUGGGAGCCCGGAGCUCCAUCCAGGUCUCCCACGUGCGUGGCGGGGACCCAAGUACCUGAGCCAUCACUGCUGCCUCCCGAGGUCUGUAUUAGCAGGAAGCCGGAAUUAGAGCCAGGGCUGGGACUCGAACUGAGGCACUCCAGUAUGGGUUGCAGGGUCUUCUUUUAAAGAUUUAUUGAGAGAGAGAGAGAGAGACAGAGAGAGGGAGAAAUAGCUUCCAUUCACUGGGUCACUCAGUCCUUGUCUGGGUAGGCCAAAGCCAGGAGCCAGGAACUCCAUCAGGGUCUCCCACAUGGGUGGCAGAGCCCCUGUACUUGGAUCCCUGCCACUACUUUCCACUGAAUCCACUGCACUGCACUGUAAUGCUGGCUCCAAGGUUUUUUUCUUCAUUUUCUUUCUUCAUUGUCAGUAUAUAUUGCUAAUCUCUCUAUCCAGUUUGUGACUUGUCUUUGCACUUUCUUUAUGGUGUGUUUUGUUGAACAAAUGAUGCAAAUUGUGGGCAUCUUAGCCACUAGGCUGAGCACCUGCUCCAUCUUUUACCAGUUACUUGUCCCCCCAUUUUAGUUCCUUAUGCAUUCCUCUUAGUUAAAAAGCAGAGUGACAGGGUGAGGCUGGGGAGAAGGGAGAGAGAGAGAAAAAAAAGUCUUCCAUCCAUGGGUUCACCUCCAAAUGCCCUCAACAGUAGAGCUAGGCCACACCAAAGCCAGGGACUCUAUCCACGUAUCCAUGUAGGUGGCAGGGACCCGAGUAGGCACUUGGGCCAUCAUCUGCUGCCUCCCAGGUGCAUUGGCAGGAAGCUGGAUCUGAAGCAGAGAAGCCAGGACUCCAGCCUGCACUUUGACAUGGGAUGCAGGGGUCCCACAAAGCAGCUUAAUCCGCUGCACCACCACACCCUCCCUUCCUUAUGUAUUUUAGAUGUUAGCCCCUUAUCUGAUGUACAAGUAUAGUUUGAAAAUAAUUUUUCAUAUUCUGUAAUUUAUCUUUUCACUUUGUUUUCUUUUGCUAACCCGAAGCUUUUUAGUUUGAUGUAAUCUUACUUGUUUUUAAAUACUUUUGUUGCCUGUGCUUUUUAAAUUUUUUAAUUAUUGUUUUGAAAGACAGUUACAGAGAGAGGCAGAGAAAAAGAGAGAGGCCUUUCAUCCGCUAGUUCGCUCCCAAAAUGGCUGCAACGGCCAGAGCUGAACCGAUCUGAAGCCAAGAACCAGGAACUUCUGGGUCUCCCAUGUCGGUGCAGGGACCCGGGUAGGCACUUGGGUCAUCCUCCACUGCUUUCCCAGGCACUUCAGCAGGGAGCCAGAUUGGAAGUGGAGCAACAGGGACUCGAACCGACACUCAUGUGGGAUGCCAGCACUGCAGGCUGGGGCUUUAACCUGCUGCACCACAGCGCUGGCCCCUAUUUCUUAUUUUUUUAAAAAGAUUUAUCAGGGCCGGUGCUGUCGCGUAGUGGGUAAAGCUGCUGUCUGCAUCCCAUAUGGGCUCUGGUUCGAGUAUCGGCUGCUCCACUUCCAAUCCAGCUCUCUGCUAUGGCCUGGGAAAGCGGUAGAAGAUGGCCCGAGUUCUUGGGCCCCUAACCCACAUGGGAGACCCAGAAGAAGCUCCUGGCUUUGGAUCGUUGCAGCUCUGGCCAUUGCGGCCAAUUGGGGAGUGAACCAGCUGGUGGAAGACCUCUCUCUCUGCUUCUCCCUCUCUCUCUGCAUAACUCUUUCAAAUAAAUAAAUCUUUUAAAAAAUUAUCUAUUUUGAAAGAGUUACAGAGAGAAAGAUCUUCCACUUGCUGUUUCAUUUCCCAGAUGGCUACAACAGCCAGGGCUGGGCCAGCCUGAAGCCAGGAGCCACAAUCUCCAUUUGGGUCUGCCCUGCAGGUGGCAAGCACUUGAACCAUCUUCUGCUCUUUUCCUAGGCCAUUAGCAGGGAGCUGGACCAGAAGUGGAGCAGUCAGGACACGAACCAGGACUUAUAUGGGAUGCUGGCAUCACAGGUGGUGGCUUAACACACCAUGCCACAGCACCGGCCCCUCAACACCAUUUAUUGAAGAGACUUUCCUUUCUCCAAAGUAUGUUUUUGGUGCCCUUGUCAACAAUUAGUUGGCUGUAAGUGUAUGGAUUUUUUUUUUUUUAAUUUAUUUUAUUGGGGCUGGCGCCGUGGCUCACUUGGCUAAUCCUCUGCCUGUGGUGCCUGCACCCCGGGUUCUAGUCCCGGUUGGGGUGCCGGAUUCUGUCCCAGUUGCUCCUUUUCCAGUCCAGCUCUCUGCUGUGGCCCGGGAAGGCAGUGGAGGAUGGCCCAAGCACUUGGGCCCACAUGCACCCACAUGGGAGGGAAGCACCUGGCUCCUGGCUUCGGAUUAGUGCAGUGCACUGGCCAUGACAGCCAUCUGUGGGGUGAACCAACGGAAGGAAGACCUUUCUCUGUCUCUCUCUCACUGUCUAACUCUGCCUGUCAAAUAAAUUAAAAAAAAAAAAUUUAUUUGAAAGAGUUUCAGAGAGAGAGAGAGAGAGAGAGAAAGGGGGGUCUUCCAUCUUCCAUCUGGUUUACUCCCCAGAUGACUGCAACAGCUGGGACUGGGCCAGGCCAAGGCCAAGAGCUUCUUCUUCAUGUGGGUGCAAGAGCCCAAGAGCUUGGCUCAUCUGCUAUCCCAGGUGCAUUAGCAAGGAGCUGGAUCUGAAGUGGAAGUGGAGCAGCUGGGACUUGAACCGGUGCCCACAUAGCUUGCCAGCAGUGCAGGCAGAGGCUUAACCUUCUAUGUCACAGUGCCGCCCCGAUUUUUCUAUUUCUGUGAAGAAUGUCAUUCAUAUUUUGAUUGGGAUGACACUGGUCUUGUUUAUGACUUUAAAAGGACUGUUUCACCAUUGAGUGUGUUGUUUACUACAGUUGGGGUAGAUUCCUUUUCUCUUCCUGGUUUGCUAAGUACUUUUGUUAUGAAUGGGUGGUAGGUUUUUAUCACAUUUUUUUGUUCUGGUAAUUUUUUACUCCUUGAAUGUGUUAACAUGGUAAAUAUCAUUUGGUGGAUUUUUCUGAUAUUCAGCUUUGUGUUCCUAGAAUAAACUCAGUAUGAUCAUGCUGCAUUUUUUUAAA